AUGACGGUUAAGAUUUGGAGAAUUUCUGGAAAUCGUCCAAUUAUAUUUGGACCACCUGAAAAAACUUAUGGGAGUGGUGAAAAUUUUACAUUAAUUUGCUCCGGAGAUAAACCAUUAUCUUGGACUUAUCCAGAAUCCGAAAGAACAAUUUUUCAAGAAACGAUUAACAAAACGAGUUUAUCGAAAUAUGAAAGCAUUCUUAAUGUUAUGGAUACGGAUUAUCUUGCCACGGGUUACUACGAAUGUAAAACCGAUGAUGAUGAUGAUGAAUCUGCAAAAGUUUACGUAUACGUCGGAGAUAUAAAUAAUUUACUCGCGGUCAAACCCGAGGAUACCAUGUUGCUAAGAGUACAAUAUCAAGAUGUUAUAGUUCCAUGCAAGCCAACCGCACCAGAAAUAACAGUGACGUUACAAAAAGAAGAUGAAAUCGUGUCGGCACGUGGUUUUGGCGUUACUUUUGAUCCUCAUAUUGGGUAUCACAUAAAAUCUUUAAAUUCUACCGGAGCUUACAUAUACAAAUGCAUGGGCACAUAUACAUCAUAUGGCGCUUAUGAGAUAUCAUCUAUGGCUAUUUUUCAUUUAAAUGUAAAUGUAGAACCGGGAGGGUACGAUCCAAAAAUAGGUUUUACUUUAUUUAACGUAACCGUAUUGGAUUCGGGUCAUAUAUCAUGUACUGCAACCAAAGGUUCACAAAGUCAAACCAUUGAAUUUUUUCUUAUUGUCAACCCUCAUAGAGAUGUGGCACCAAAACCGGAAAUAGAUGAAUCUUCGAUACAACACGUCGUUAUAGGUCAACACGUACAAAUAUCAUGUUAUGUCAACGUCGAACUUGGAACUAUAUUUCUUUUAGACUGGACAUAUCCGGAUAUAUCUUCAUCAAAUUCUACGGGAAGAAUUAUUGGGUACCUGACUUUUACCACUGUAGGGUACCUAAAGUUCCCUUCGAUUUGUGAAUCCUUUUCAUUAUUUUUAGGCAAUCAACAAUACGUUUGGGAAAAAACAUUAACCAUAUUAAACGUGAAUGAAAAAGAUGAAGGAAAUUACACGUGUAGAAUAAAAGAUCAUAGUAAUAAUACAAAUUCUGAUACGAAAUACGUUAAAGUUUAUUCUUUGGAAGAUACUUAUAUUAAUUUAACGGUACAUUCGAAUAGAAUAGAAGUAGAUGCAACACAACACGAAACGGCCAAAUGGAUAUUAACGUUAAUGGCACAUCCAUAUGCAGAAUUAAAUUGGUACAGUCCAGACGGUGUAAAAUUAUCACGUGAAACACUCGUAAAUGAUAAAUACGAAAUGAGAACGAAAGGAUUUCAAACGACUUUGGAAAUUUAUGAUGUUGAUGUUACGGAUGCUGGAAAUUACACAGUCGUGGCAUCAAAUCACAAAGGAAAACAAAUGUUGACGUUAGAACUCGUCGUUUACGACAAACCCGUUGUUAAAAUAUACGUCGAAGAAUAUUAUAAAAUAAAUGAGAGGAAAAAUGUCACGUGUAGAGUCAUCGGGUAUCCACCACCUAGAAUAACGUGGCAAUUUAAAAAAUGCGAUUUUGUUAAAAAUGAAAAUUGUUGGACGAAAACGUUCGAUGGUAUAUCGGGAAAUUCGAUUCUUAUAACGGAAUUACAAAUUCUCGGUUGGCAAUUGGAAUCUAAAUUAGAAUGGAAAAUGUACGAACCGGGUAUUUUAAAUUGUGUCGCGACCAAUGAAAAAGGAGUAGGAAAUGAUUCUGCAAACGUUUACGUCACAGAAGUAUCACAAGGUUUUUACAUAAGUCAACCCCCGAAGGAAAUCGUCGUCGGAGAUAACGUGACAGUUAGUUGCGGUGUCACGUCGUAUAAAUACGCACCAAAUUUGCAAUGGCAGUAUCAAAAAGACAAUUCAAAAUCCACACAAAAAUAUUAUAAAAAAGAUAUCGUCACGAAUGAAAGUCACGGUUACGCACAUUGGUCAAAUUUAAAUUUUGAUAAAAUCGGUAAAACGGAUUCUGGAAUUUAUUCAUGCGUUGCUGAAAAAUUGGGUGAUGAACCGGAAAAGGAAAUAAAAACAAUACAGAUAAACGUUUUAGAAUUAGAAAUCCCUGUGAUUUACGAUACAAAUUUAACAAAUUCGGAAAUGACAAUAUCAAGUUGGCAACCCUUAGCUUGGAGGUGUGCUGCUCGAGGUGUACCAGAACCGACUAUUACGUGGUAUAGAAAUGGAGAAAUUUUACAAUUCAACAGCAGUUAUUCAAAUUUUGAAAUAUUAGACGAUAAUCAAACGUUGUUGGUGAAAAGUUUAACAAUGAGCGAAGAAGGGAUUUACGUUUGCAAAGUACAAAAUAAAGGAGGGAUUCAAGAAGCAUUUGUAUCCCUUAAAUUAAAAGAAUAUCACAAAACAAAAAUGACGUUGGUCGUCACGGUUGUGGUUGUUGCAAUACUUUUAGUCAUACUUUUACUUUUCUUUUUAUUCGUUUUGUGGAAAUUUAGAAAAGAAAAAAAAGAAUUAAAAUUAGCAGGAUUGCAAAAUUUCAAACAGGGAAUGAUUGAAUCCAUUAAUCAAGAUUUAACGUUGGAUGAACAAACGGAUUUACUUCCGUACGAUCCAAAAUGGGAAUUUCCAAGAAGCAAAUUAAAAUUAGGAAAACAAUUGGGAUCUGGUGCUUUUGGAGUCGUCCUUAAAGCAGAAGCUUAUGGUAUCGUUGAAAAUGAAGAAUGCACGACGGUUGCUGUUAAAAUGGUUAAGAAACAAGCAGAUUCUGCAUACAUUCGUGCAUUGGCAUCAGAAUUGAAAAUAUUGGCACAUUUGGGAAAACAUUUAAACGUUGUCAAUUUGCUUGGAGCGUGUACGAAAAACGUACACAAAAGAGAAUUAUUAGUUAUUGUGGAAUUUUGCACUUUUGGAAACGUUCAUAAUUAUUUACUCAGUCACAAAGAUAUGUUCAUAGAUCAAAUCGAUUUGGAAACUGGAGAAAUUGAUAUAACAAAAGGAAGAAUGGUUUCCGAUUGUAACAGAUCAAGGAUCAAUUAUGCAACUUUAACGUUUCCCCGUAGUGUAAACAGCGAUCCAAAUUCGGCAUUGGCAUCUUUUAAUACGGAAACCACGUGUUUAUCAUCUCUACGAUCAGGUGCCGAUGAAACAUUUUCAACAACAAAUAGUAAUAAUAAUCCCGAAUGGUGUGCUAAUUUAAAAGGGGAUUAUUUACAAAAUAAUAUUGAAAUGUUAUCGACGAGCACUCUCGUUUGUUGGGCAUUUCAAAUAGCUCGGGGAAUGGAAUAUUUAUCUAGUCGUAGAGUUUUACACGGGGAUCUCGCUGCCAGAAAUGUUUUACUAGCGGAUAACAAUAUCGUUAAAAUAUGCGAUUUCGGUUUUGCUAAAUCCAUUUACAACAAUCCGGAAUAUCGUAAAAGCGGAGACGGUCCCGUACCUGUAAAAUGGAUGGCGAUUGAAUCCGUAACCCAUAGGAUAUUUUCAACACAAUCCGACGUGUGGUCUUUUGGUAUAGUUCUUUGGGAAUUAUUUUCCCUUGCGAGAACUCCUUAUCCGGGUUUCGAAAAUUUCGAAGUUAUACAUAAUAAAUUAAUUGAAGGGUAUAGAAUGGAAAAACCAUUAUACGCAAACCAAAGGCUGUACGACAUAAUGCUCGAAUGUUGGGAUGCGCAACCUUGUAGGAGGCCAUCAUUUUCAGAAUUAGUUAUGAAAUUGGGUAAAUUAUUAGAAAAUAAUGUUAAAGAGGUAAUGCCGGAAGGUGAAGAUUAUUUAAGUAUGGUUAGUCCACCGACUUACGAUGCACCAAAAUCUCAUUACGUAAAUUUACCAAGUAAUAAUAAAACGACAAAUAACGAAUCCGAGGGUUCCGAUUACUUGGACAUGACUUCUUGGAAUACAACACCCACAGGAAGCGGACAAGACUGUAUAGAAAUGAAACCAAUGUUAUCAGAAAAAGGUAUGCGUCACAUUAACUUUUAA